CCAAACGUAGGAGUUUUCGAAAGAGUCGGAUGUCGGUAACAGGUGAACUGAGAGCUGCCGCCGGUGUAUCCCCCUGCUGUUAACAAGGUGCUGUGAAAUGGUGCUGUUCCCGCCGGAGUAGCAGCAGUAGACGACCAUCUGUUGCAUCGAAAAGGUAGAAUGGCCUGCCGCUAUACAGACCUCCUGUAUACUGUAGAAUACAGCCUGGCGUAGGCGUUUAUAUAGCGAGAAAGUAAUAUAUUCGGCCAUUGUACAAAGACAAUAUUAGUGUUUCGUGCAAACGUGAAAAAGUGAAAUAUAGAUAUAUUUUGUAGUGGUUUGAUUACAGUUAAAUAUAUAUUAGUGAAAAUAAAUAAUAUUGAGAGAAAAAUACCCCGCUGAAAGAAAAAGAUUGUGUAUAUAUCGAUAUAUUUAAUAACACAUAGAUUAUAUAAAUAUUUUAGACUAUUUAUAAAAAUAUUUUAGAAAAUAAUUAUGAAAGACUAUAUAUUUAUAUCACUUUAGUGAAGAAGACGUUGAUAAAAAAGUGGAAAACUGAAACUCAAAAGACUUAUAUUUUCAAGUUAGAUUAUUUUCUUGUACUUUAUUGUGAUUUGUGUGUUUUUUUUGCGUGUGUGUGUAUUGAGAAUUCGGCAUGGAGAAUCACGCCUACGUGAAUGACGAGAACAAGCUUAAGGAAAGAGGGCGAGGACAUGAUGGCGUCCGGAUGGGUGAGAGUGUGCGGGGCAGAGGGCAGAGCGUCCCGGGGUCAGAGGGCCAAACUGAAGGCAAAUAUCCAAGUGUGGAGGGGGGCAAAUCAGCUCCGAAUGACCCUGUUAACCUCGAGAGGCGGGUGGGACUCCUCAGUGGGGUUGCUCUGAUCGUUGGGACUAUGAUUGGAUCGGGAAUUUUCGUCAGCCCUAAGGGCUUGCUGGAGCGAACUGGGAGCGUUGGUCUAAGCCUGAUCAUAUGGGCGCUGUGCGGUGUCCUCUCACUCCUCGGAGCGAUGGCCUACGUGGAACUGGGGACGCUCAUCAAUGCUUCUGGAGGAGAGUAUGCCUAUUUCAUGGAGGGUUUUGCUCCCGGUACAAAGAGAAAGAUCUGGUGGGCCCCCAUUCCAGCUUUCCUCUUCUCCUGGGUUUCCAUUCUGCUCCUCAAACCCUCCUCUCUGGCCAUCAUCUGCCUCACAUGUGCAGAGUACUUCACAAGGGUCUUCGAUAUCGGGUCUGCGAGUUGCACGCCUCCCUCGGUCGUCAUAAAGUUGUUUGCCGCUGUCGUUAUAAUUUUGAUCACAUUCAUCAAUUCAUACUCGGUGACCCUCGCCACGAAAGUGCAGAACGUCUUCACUGCCGCCAAACUCAUAGCCAUCCUGAUCAUUGUCAUUGGUGGCAUUAUUAAGCUGGCUCAGGGAAACACCCAGUACUUGGCAAGGGGAUUCGAAGGUUCCACGAGCAGCAUUGGCGACGUGGCAACGGCUUUCUACAGUGGCCUUUGGGCGUACGACGGAUGGAACAACCUUAAUUAUGUGACCGAGGAACUAAAGAAACCAUACACAAAUUUACCCCGGGCUAUUAUGAUUGGGUUACCCCUCGUCACUAUAUGUUACCUGCUGGUCAACAUUUCCUACCUGGCAGUGAUGAGUCCUGAAGAACUGUUGAGCUCAGAGACUGUAGCAGUGUUCUAUGGGCAGCAGUUGAUGGGAGUAGCUGGCCAGGCAAUAAUGAUAUUGGCUGUAGUUAUGUCGACUUUUGGAUCUGCGAACGGAUCGUGCUUUACUGCCGGGAGGUUAUGUUUUGUCGCUGCCCGUGAGGGACACAUGGUAGAUGUUCUUUCUUACGUUCACAUCAAGAAGCUCACUCCUUCACCAGCUUUGAUUUUCAAUGCUCUCAUCGCAUUAGUGAUGGUAAUCCCUUCAGACAUUGCCUCCCUUAUCGACUUCUUCAGUUUCACUGCUUGGAUCUUCUACGGAGGAGCCAUGGCUGCUCUCCUCAUCAUGAGACGUACCAUGAAAGACACACCACGUCCUUACAAGGUACCCAUCUUCAUCCCAGUCUUGGUUCUGAUUAUUUCCAUCUACCUGGUCAUUGGCCCCAUCAUUGAUUCUCCCAAAUUUGAGUAUCUCUAUGCAACACUCUUUAUCCUGGCCGGCCUUGUCUUCUACUUUCCGUUUGUUUACUUCAAGAAGAGUGUUCCUGGCAUGGUCUACUUGACCACCUUCCUCCAGCUACUUCUUCAAGUUGUGCCAACCGACAUCAUCCCAGAUGCAUAACGUAGCAGAACUCCUGCGUUGGACAUCACCUCUUUUUAUCAUUCCACUUUUGCCAAUCAUUGCCAGCAUCUGCAAUCUGCAGAAAUACCACUUAUGACAUGAUAGAAUGAGGCUAAUAAGCGAUAGUCACUUCGUAUACCAACCUUAGCUACAGUAUGAGUCCCUGAACUAGUUUAUAGCACCUGGGUGAAACCCCUUCAAAUGCAUUUGCCAACGUAUAUCAACCCUGGCUAAUGCGUACAGUGAUAACAGUGCUAUAAUAACUAUAGCAUGACUUUUGUGAAAACUUGGCUUUAACUUCGGAGAGCUUUUCUAUUGUGAAAUUUUAGGCCGCAAAUUAUCUUGGCAGGAAAUAUUUUAGGCAGAUUUUUUAUAAGUAUCUUAGUUUGAUAUACAUUAUUUAAUUGAAGUUUGAAAGAAAAUUGUUACAGUAUAUAUUUUCGUAUUAACGUUUUGCCGUUUUAUGCAGUCUCUUGUGUAAAAGUUUCCCGAAUACCUACAGCAUUAAGUACUACGAUUUCUCAUCUUUUCUUUACAGAUCUAGUACAAAUGGUUACAAAGUCUUUUCAGUGCUUUCAGUACGUACUACAUAUGUACACUAUUUGGUCUAUGGGAAAGUGCUAAUGACAAUUUACAGGUUACGAAAUAGCCCAGUUUAAAAUUAAUUUAAAUUUGAUAAUUAGGGGAAGAGUUUAAGUAACUAAAAGUGGAAAAUAUCUUGUGUAGUACUUUACAAUUCUUAUUAAUAAUACUUUACUAUACACUAACUACAUCAUCAAUCAUAUGAUUGAGAGCUUUUAUUUAUAAUAUACAAUACCACAGGAAAAAGUAUUUAGUGAGCACUUCACUAAAUUGAAUUAAAAACUAUUAAUCAUUUAAUGUUUCUGUUAUUUAGGAUAAAGAAUUGUACUGCAUUACUGUAUAGACUUGUGACAUAACUAAGAUACAGUACACCACAAAAUGUACAAGCAUUCUAUCAUCAGAAACUUCUCAAUUCUAUUUUACAUAAAGCAAUAAGGAUUACUACUAAGAAAACACUUUGUUUCAAAAUAAUGUAAACAAUAUUAUAAAAGAAAGGAGGCCAACGCAGGUCCUGUGGUUUUUAGAACGAGUAAUUGUUCAGAAUCUACAAAAAAAUCAUUAGCAAGAACUUACUGAACUGCAGCUGGGAAAAACAACUCCCUCUCUCUCUCUCCAAUUUGUCCUUACUGAACGACAAAACCAAGAAAUACAAAUUCUGAAAAAAGCAAAAGCAGGAACGCCAAUGGUUAUAGGAGUUGGUAACUUCAUACACUUAUUGCAAAGUAUCGUUCGUUACUAAAAAUUAUCUACAAGUGACCUACUGAAAACAAUCCACUUUCAAUUUUUUUAACCAAGCAAUCUAACACAGAUUUUGUUAAAAGAAGUUACAUAAAAAAAAAAAAAAAAAGUAAUUUAGGGGGCUUUAAAGAAGUUCCUGUAUUUCAACUCCUAACUGUCACUUUACCACCAACCUUAUAAUUUUGAUAGAAGCAGGAGAAACUUGAGUGUUUUGAAUACUGUAUAAUGAAAUCUCAUAUGGACCUUCUUUCUCUCAUCUGCAUCCUUAAGAGCCUAAUUCUAUAGUAAUACCUGUAAUUAUGAGAUGAAAGUUAACCUUUUCCAGAAUGCAGAUUCAUAAACAGAAAAACAGCAUGAGUUUAAAAUUAACAUAAUUAUGCAUUGGUCUGUAAGAGGGAGGGAUUUAUUUACGAGACUGAGUAGGCUGCAUAAAACCGAACCUUAACUGUAGUACUUCAAGUAACACAUGCAUUAGCAAGAGAAGUUUGUUUUCACAAGUAUGACUGCUAAAAUGAUAAGUUCAAAGGCGAUCUGCUUUUACUGUGGUCUGGGGACCAAAAAUGUCACUGUGGAUUGAGUUGUUUUUGUUUUUCCCUUUCAUUUUGUUUGUUAGUGAUGUUUCUUCUAAAAGUAGUUUGUGUUCAUGCUUCAUGCUCCUCAUUAGUUCUUCAAUGUGAAGGCUUACUCAUUACCAAUCUAAUCCAUACCAAUUCCCCCAGUAGCAUUUUUUGGUUUAGUUUCAUCCUCAAUCGUGUAAUAUACUGCAGCUAGCUGAAACAUAAAAUAAAUGAAAACUAUAAAAAUAUAAAGAUUACAAAUAUAACACAAAAGACAUUCUAGAUUUACAAAAAGACCAUGUUGUUAAAUGUGUGAGCGGACUCUUCAAUUGUACAUUGAUUAUAGUCUGACGUUCACCCCAAAAUUAUGCCAUUUCCUUCUUUCUAUGUAAGAAAAAAAAAUUAGGUAGGCACUUUCAUACAUCUGAGGAAGGCAGAAACCAAAUUUCCAUUCAUUCUUCUCUUUCCACUUUUCAAUUCCUUAGAAUUCCAACGAUUAAACCAUGAAAAUUUUAUACCUUUUAUUUAGCAGUACUGUACAUGGAAGUUGCGUCACUUAAUGCGAGACUGCUGUUGGUUCUGACUGUGAUAUCCGAGGCUUUUUGGCCGAGGGUUAUUCUUGAUAGGAACUGUUGUCAUUUCUGUAACAGACCAUCACUGACCCCAAGCCUUUUGUUUGGUGAACGUUGUGAUAAAUGUACUGUAUUGUUGAUAUAUUUUUCAUAAAUUAUAUUUUUUGUCCGAAAUGGUUAUAAGUUACAACAAAAUAAAUAAAUACGCAAAUUCUAUCCGAUUUUUCCAGGCAGUAAGAGCCUGAUUGAUCAAAUAUGUAUAUAUUUAACUCAAACUGCACCUGAUGGUGUAUGUACGUUGUAGUGAAAAUACUAAGAGGGCACCAGUACUAAUGAAGCAUGCGUAGAGUACAUAAUAAAUUUAGGCCAUGACAGUGGGCGUAUGUCACAAUGGGUGUACCUUACACAACUCACGUCAUGUAAUAGCCAUGAAUUGUUCAAAUGUAAAUGAAAACAUGGCACCAAGUUACUCGUACUGGGCAAACACUGAUCAUUCAGUCUAAAAAUUUCAUUACAGGAUGUCUGUAACCUUCAUUAGUUUCUCUAAAUGGAACGUUAUACAGGCAACGAUUACAUCAUCUUGAUUUCAUAAAAAUGGUGAUUUUUUUUAGCUACAAACAGGGAUUCUGUUAUUUGGAAACCAAAGACAAUGUUACUAACACAAUAGUGUGGUAUUUUUUUUUUUUUUUCAAAAGAUGCAAAUAAUGACUUUAUGAAAAAUAGUCAUUGUUUUCAGAAACCUCAUCUUUCGAGACUUCUUUAUGUGCCCCUGGGUACGCUUUGCCUUAAAUACAGUUUAUAUUUACUUCAUAAAAGUAAUUUCAAGCCAUUAAUUUAUUAAAAGAAUAUAUGCAGUGCCAGUUAUUCUCUGGGAAAUAUCUCCAUAUAUUAUAUAAAUAACUUUAGUUUCUUUUAUUUAGUGUUUAACCAGAUUAAUUAUUUCUCAUCGGUUUUGCAAUUGUUUCAAAUUUAUCUUGGCUUUCUAAGUAUAGUUUGCCUUUCAUGCGAUGGAGACUGAAGUCAUCACCCAGUCUAAUGCAGAAAGUUUGAUCACUACUGCUAUAAACAAAAAGUUAAUUAAUGUAAAACCUAACACUUUUGCAAGAAAAGAUCUGUGAUGAUAACCCUGGCUGGGCAAAGCCCCAUCAAGUGAAAAGACAACUAUAUGGAUAAGAAAACGAGUCGAUAUGCUGUUAUAUAUCACUCUUAACGACUGGUAACUAGAGCCCAUUGGUUGUUGACCGGUUUUCUGUCAGAGCUCUAAGUUACUGGCCUUAAGAUAAAUUGUUUUUAAAACUGUUGAUACAUUAUGUUCCAAGUUCCUCAUGCUCUGUUCAUGUUUAGUCGUGGGUUUGAGUUUUUCCCUUCGAAUGGGGACGUAAAAAUUGAGAAAAUUAACAUUUUUAAAAUUUUAUCUUGUCACAAAAUCUUAGUCAGUCUUCUUAUUGCUGAACACUGAAAUAUCAAGCAAGUUAUGUUGAAUUACUUCAGAACGUAGUUAUAAGUCAAGAGUUGACGUAUAUGAGAAUGAUACUCCUGUGCACUACAAAAUCGCUUUUUGUCCUCAAACAGAAACAUGAAUCGAGAGUAUUUGGACGGGUUACUUAAAGAGUUUUAGGCCUACUUUUAUACAUUGUUAUACAGUGAUCAUUACAACACUAUAUAAUGCAAAGGUAGCGAGCCGGCAAUUACGAACUUCGGAAUACAUAAAGGUUCAUGGGAUGCCGUGCCCUGGGGAGUGUGGUGGUCGCUACAUAAGUUUUUUUAAAAAAUUACAAGUCUCCGAAACGGACUAGUCUCAUUUCCAAGUCAAAUUUCAUCCCUACAACCCUAUGGGAUUACCCCUGCUAUAUCUGUGAUAUGAGCCUAACCCUUUUUUCUCAUGACUUCAGCGGUUAAAUGAUAAGGCAUUUUAAUAUGAUUGACUUGCUUCUUUUGUCGUUCAAAUUCUUUCAUUAAAUAUAUACUAUACUUACAGUCUUCUUGCUGACUAAUGGAGGCGAUAAUAUUACGUACAUGAAGUGGUGAGGAAGUAAGUGUAGGCAAUGUUAGACCUGUUUUUCAAAUUAAGGGGUCAGUUCCGUCCUCGUGAACCUUCGUAUUUGCCGAUACCUCGAACUCUAUUUUUUCCUUUCUAAUUUUAUCUGUGUAAUCAAUGUAUACCAACACUUCGUUCUCUUUUAAGAGUAGUUCUUUUUAUAGGAAUUUUGUAAAUCAUGCGCAAUUUCACUGGAUUUACGUUGCAGACAUUGCAUGGAUCAUGCUAAUUUUCCUGUUUCUUUUGAAAUUUUCUAUUAUUGCAGAUUUGACUUUGCCUUUUAUUAAGUACAAAAACAAUGCAAUGAAUUAAUGAAGAGAUCUUACUGUGUAAUUUUAUUGUUUUGUCCUUUAAAGAGCUUAAAAUUAAAGACAGUAAAAGUGCAGAUAACAACAGCUGAAAAAGCCUAAGUAUGCAAGCUAGAUGUUAGAUUAGAAGUGUGACCUAAUUGACACUAUCGAAGUUGAUUUAGUAGGUAAUACGUAUAUCCAACACCAAAGAAUAUUGUAAAAGCACCAAGGAAAAGACAUCCUGUGUUAAAUAAAUUGCACAAAAGGGAUUACGCAUAAUAACGGAAGUUGCUCAUACACAAACACUACCAAACUACCAACACCCUACUACCAAGUCACUUAAAAGCCGUGACCAGCGACAUUUCCAUGCAAUUACCGACGUUGUCACACUUUCUUAGUCUGCCAACACUGAGAGAUUUACGACGUAGCUUGACAGAGCUACAGAGCACAGCGUAGAAUUAUGCCAGACAUGAACCAUUCAUCUCCUGUAGUUUGAUGUUGAGCUAAGCACAUGAGAAAAUCCUGGCAAAGAACACUACCCUUAAAAAGGCUUCAUGUGAAAUCGAUGUCGUAGUGAUUGUUCAAAGUACUUGAAAGUUCAGUAUUAAAUAAUUUUCACUUUGUUGAUGAAAACAAGAGCCUGUCAGUAUAGGCAGUAUUAUCAAAACAGUAGGCCUAAUAAAGGUGAUUGAUUCUGACAAUGUAGUUUACAUUUCACAAUUCUUUUUGUAAAUGUGUUAACACAAUGAAAAUGGUUAUAAUGUGAUGAACUUUGGGAAAUACAAUACUUCUGUUUGGUUUUGUAAUGGUUCUACGCUUUUUACUUAUUGACUGUACGAAUGAUUUUCGAGGGAAUUCCAAACUAGCGUGAGAUAUCAACUUAUUGCUAGAUAUCUCCGUUCUUAUUUCAGAUUCAAGUAAACAUUCAUGUCAUAUUUUUUAAUAAAAGUUUACUUUCCACCGAU